AUGGUGGAUGUGCCUCUGGAGUCGCUGCAUCCGGGCAUGGUGAAGGUUCAGCCAGGGGAGGAGGUGGUGGUGUGCACCCUCUGGACACUCAUGCUCUUUCCAGAUGACUCGGUGUUGAGGCACAACCCAAGGGACGCAGUGCUCAAGGUGAGCUGUGGUACGAAGGGGUACAGGGAAAGUGGUGAGGAGGUGGUGGUGUGCACCCUCUGGACGCUCAUGCUCUUUCCAGAUGACUCUGUUCUCAGGCACAACCCAAGAGAUGCGGUGCUCAAGUGGAUCCAGGCACUCAAGCCCCGCCUGGUGCUGCUAGCAGAGGUGGACGCGGCCCUCAACGGCCCCUUCUUCCUUGCCCGCGUGCGCGAGACCUUCCGAUCCAUGCUCGCUUUCAUCUCAACCAUCCAUUCCACCAAGCCCGAUGCCUUAAUCUCGCCCGUCCAUUCCAUGUGGGAGGCUGUGCUCUUCCGCGAGCUCAUCAACUGCGUCGGAUGCGAGGGGAUCCAACGGCUGAUACGCGCCGAGAGGCUGGAGCAGUGGCAGGAGCGGAUGCGGAGGUUAGGGUUUGAGGCGGUGGGAUUGGGGAGCGAGACUUUUGCUGCUAUGAGGGAGACUACGGAGGGGAGGGAUGGGAAAUUCGAAGUGGUGUCGGUGGGGGGUGCGGCUAGGCUUAUGUGGAAAGGGGUGGCCGUUGUGAGCCACUACAGCACCACCCUCUUCCCUGUCUCUCCCCUCCCGCAGCAGCUGCUGUGUGGGGAGGUGGCGGGGACAGGGGGUGGGGGAGAGGGGGCAGGCCGCACUGUGACGAUCGGUGCAGGGACUACUGUGGGUGGGGCAGGGGCUGGAGGAAGGAAGGGGGGGAGUGGGUGCGGUUCCAGGGGGCGGCUGAAAUGGGGGGUGAGGUAA